GAUCGAGCCAGGGCCCAGGGCCGAGCAACCUGGUGCUCCGCCCCUCGCCGUUACAGCGGCGCCUCGGUCUCCGGUUCCACAGCGUCUGCCUGCCUGCGCGGCCCUGUGACCGUGAGGCGACACGACGCCGAGAGAUCACCCGCCCCCCGCAUCGAGUCGGCCCCGUUUGGGAUUGUGAGGUAAAGCGUGAUGGCAGCGCCGCCGGCGAGGGCUCGAGCCGACUACGACUACCUAAUCAAACUGCUCCUCAUCGGAGACAGCGGCGUUGGAAAAAGUUGCCUCCUGUUACGGUUUUCAGAUGGAUCAUUCACCACUAGCUUCAUUACCACUAUUGGCAUUGACUUCAAGAUAAGAACUGUUGAGUUGGAUGGCAAAAGGAUUAAGUUGCAGAUCUGGGAUACUGCAGGCCAAGAACGUUUCCGCACAAUUACCACUGCCUACUACAGGGGAGCAAUGGGCAUCUUACUUGUGUAUGAUGUCACAGACGAGUCAUCUUUCAAUAACAUAAGAAAUUGGAUCAGAAACAUUGAACAACAUGCUUCGGAUAAUGUGAACAAAAUUCUGGUGGGGAAUAAAGCUGAUAUGGAUGAAAGCAAACGGGCUGUGCCCACUUCAAAGGGACAAGCUCUCGCAGACGAAUAUGGGAUAAAGUUCUUUGAAACGAGCGCAAAGACAAACCUGAACGUCGAGCAGGUUUUCUUUUCUAUAGCAAGGGAUAUCAAACAGAGACUUUCAGAGACUGAUUCCAAGCCUGAGGAUCGAACUAUCAAGAUCAAGGCUGAAGGGGAAGCUGAUGCAGCAGAGGCGCAGAAAUCAGCUUGCUGCGGCUCUUGAACGGUUGUGGCCGCAGGAUAGUUUCAUAAUUUUUAUUCUUUGCCAGCAAGUCUCUCCUUGUGCUUGAGCUAUCACAAUUGUUGUGGUUUGGACAAGUGGGUGUUACGUCAGAACUAAUUACUUGCUAUAUUGUGGAAACCCUGCUCUUGAU